GCUCUCUCCUCCCCCCACAUCCCCGCAUCUACCAUUGCCACUUGCCACCUGCUACUUAUUGCAAAUACCCUAUCUCCUGAACCAGUCAUCACCGGCAGCACCUCAUCGCAGCAAAGGCUCAUUGCCGCACUUGGAUUCUACCCAUCACCCUGCUUGCAGCACCACCGCCUCACACUCACUAGUCGCCCAUCAUGUCGGUGCCCUCUGUUGGCAGGACAGUAGAGACACUCGCAGAGGAGAGGGCAAACCCUCCCUUUGACGUUCGCAAGCUAUCAAUCAUUCAACAUGGCAGCGAGAAGGACCUACUGCUCAAGGAGAAGUUCAUGCUCGAGCUCGCCCGAGACCCCAUCUUCUACCUUGGAGACAUCCAUGACCUGACAAAAGACGAGCUGCGCGAGCGUACCUUUGAGAAGGUCGGCUCUCUCGUCUAUCACGUCACAAAUGAGUCCAUCGACGACUUUCAGAAGCGCAUGCAGGUGAUCGGUCUGUGUGAUCCUGGUUUCUGGACUCGAUUCGGUGUGCACUACGGUCUCUUCUUGGGAGCGAUCCGAUCGGGAGCUACGCCGAACCAGAUGUCGUACUGGAUGGAAAAGGGAGUGAUCAGCUGUCAGGGGAUGUAUGGGUGCUUCGGUAUGACCGAGCUAGCCCAUGGAUCGAAUGUGGCUGGUCUUGAGACGACUGCCACUUUUGAUGAGCAGGCCGAUCAAUUUGUGAUCCAUACCCCUCACAUCGGAGCCACCAAGUGGUGGAUUGGAGGAGCCGCUCAAACCGCCACACACUGUGCCGUCUUUGCUCAGCUAGUCAUCAAAGGCAAGAAGCACGGCACAAAGACUUUCAUCGUGCCACUUCGAAACAUCAAGACUCUUGAGCUGCUUCCCGGAAUCAACAUUGGUGACAUCGGAAAGAAGAUGGGACGAGAUGGAAUCGACAACGGCUACAUCCAGUUCACCAAUGUUCGCAUCCCUCGUGCCUACAUGCUGAUGAAGCACUCUCAGGUGUCGCGCGAGGGACACGUCACAGAGCCUGCUCUGCAGCAGCUUACCUACGGCGCGCUUCUCUCUGGUAGGACGGCCAUGGUGUCUGACGCUGCCGACACAGCCAAGAAGUCUCUGACAGUGGCUGUGCGAUAUGCUGCUGUGCGCCGGCAGUUCAAGUCAUCAGCAGAGGCUGAUAUGGAGACGCAGAUUCUCGACUACCCAAUUCACCAACGACGUCUGAUGCCUCUGCUGGCCCAAGCAGUCGCGUUCGGAUUCACGAGUUUGGAGAUGCAACGACUGUACGAAACUACUUCCUCUGCUCUCGAGUCUCUAGAGCCAGGAGAUGAGAACCUUGAUGAUGUCAUCAACCAGCUCAAGACUACACACGCCACCUCUGCUGGUCUGAAAGCCUUCUGCACCUGGGCAUGUCUGCAGACUAUCGACACAAGUCGACAGGCAUGUGGUGGUCACGGUUACUCGUCGUACAAUGGCUUCGCUUCGAUGUACAGUGACUUUGCGGUACACUGCACCUGGGAAGGUGACAAUACCAUCCUGGCAUUGCAGUCCGGUCGUUUCCUGAUUCAGGCAUACCAGGAGGUGGUCAAGGGCCAGAAGCAGUCGGGCGGUACAGCGUACAUGAACAACAUUGAACAGGUCCUUAAAGGCAAGUGUUCCGACAAGGAAGAGCUGGACACCCUCGAGGGCAUCGACAAGGGAUGGUCGACUGUUGCGGCCCACGCAGUCAAGAAGGCCGCAGAGGACUACGAGCAGUGUCUCAAGUCGGGCCAGUCCCGCGAGCAAGCCUUCGAAGUCUGCUCUCAAGUCCGAUUCGUGGCCGCUUCUGUGCACACUUCCGGUUUCGUCUUCCGGCAAUUCCGAGCUGCCGUGGAGCGAGUGGAAGCCGGCGCAGAGCGAGACCAUCUGGAGCUGCUAUGCAAAUUCUACGGUCUGUGGCAAAUGGAGGAGAAGGCUGCCUUCUUCCUUCGCUCUGGUUGGUUGACCGGUGAGCUCCUAGACCACGUCCAAGCACGCGUAUCGGAGCACUGUGCCUCUACCCGCAAGUUUGCCAUCCCUCUCAUCGACUCCUUUGCCAUUUCGGACCACAUUCUCAAUUCCCCCAUUGGUUGCCACGACGGAGACGUCUACGAGCGCUACUUUGACCUCGUACGUCGCAACAAUCCACAAUUGGCAGAACACAAGUAUUCAGACAAGAUUCUUAGGUUCAUCCAUCGUGCACCCGAGGAGAUGGAAGACUUUGAAGGUGAAAUUGACUUGGAUUCGGAAUUGGAGGAGAUGGCAGAGGAGAGGGAGGAGGCGGAAAAGGAGGCGGCCGAGGCUAAGAGUAAGCAGGAAACAAAGGAGGACAAAUAGGAGCGUAAGCGUACAUCUGACAGACAGGAUGCUCGAAGUGGUAGGACCGGCAUAUGCAGCUAUAGACUUUUCCCCCGCACCCCCACUCCUCCCUCUUUCCACCUCUCUUCCAUAUCGAUCACCUUCUCUUCUUUAUUCUGUCUUUUCAUCUUGUUCUCGGAACUCUCCUUUGCAUCCACUUUCGCUUUGGGUCACUAUCUAAUCUUCAUACCGCUCAUGCCAAUGACCCCUCGUUGCUCUGCUCCACUGUACACUACGCUUGGCUAAGUUUGCACACGCACACUUAGGUCUGAUGCUGAUGAGAUUUUUGCAUUGACGUUCCUUAACUUUC